GCACUAACCACCGCCUACAUGAAGCGUUACACAAAAUCGUUCGCCGUGACAGAGCCCUGCCCCAAAUCCUGGUCUGCAAACGAAGCCCCCUUGGACGUGUGUACCACAAUAGUUCCAGUGCCAAAACAGAAUGUACACCUCUUCGACGGGGACGGCGGGGAGAGUUUUGUCGGGGAAGACGACGAGGAGCUUCUGAAAGAAAUGUGCACCCACCCGCAAACCAUCCGUUUCAGAUUUCCAUUAUGUGAUGCGCCCGAGAUUCGAACGGCAUUCAAGUUUAAAAACCGCCGCGGUGACCUGUUUACGAGCGUGGGCACAGUCGAA